AUGGCGAAGAAGAAGCACAUUAUUAUUAGUGUGUCCGCUGUGAUCUUGAUAGCCACGGUGGUGGCUGUUGCGGUUGGUGCUAGUCGCAGAGGUGGCGGUGAUGCCCCUCCAUCUCAUCGGGUUGCCACUACAUCAAAGGCUAUCAAAGCCAUUUGUCAACCAACUGCUUACAAACAAACUUGUGAAAAGAGCCUCAACACUCUGGGUGGAAACUUCACCGACCCUGAAGACUUGAUCAAGGUUGAAAUUAAAGCCGCAAUCGAUGAACUGAAGCUAGCCGUUAACAAUACAUCUGCACGGAAAUAUGCAAAUGAAGAUCCAAUGGUUAAACAGGCUUUUGAGAAUUGUCAUGAUCUUUUGGAUUCAGCCAUUGAAGAUCUCAAUAUCUCCUUCGGUCGAAUGGGUGCACUGGACAUUAGACAACCGGAUAAUUUCAUUGAAGACGUGAAAAUUUUUCUCAGCGGCGCUGCCACAUUCCAAGAAAGUUGCUUGGAUGAAUUUGCUAACGUAAGGGGUGAUUUUGGAGAGAAAAUGAAAAAGCUUUUGAAUACUUCAAGGGAGCUUACAAGCAAUGGUCUAGCAAUGAUGAAUGAUUUAUCUUCAGUCCUCAAAUCAUUUAAAAUAACAAGCACAAAGAGACGGCUUCUCACUCGAGAUGAAUUUCCGUCAUGGGUUAAUGCGGGGCGUCGUAGACUCCUUGUUGAAAAUCCUGGAACAAUUCAAGCUGAUGUUAUUGUAGCUCAGGAUGGUAGUGGCAAAUUCAAGACCAUCUCUGAAGCUCUCAAUCUUGUCCCUACCAACCCCACGAAAAAAACAUUUGUUAUUUACAUCAAAGAAGGAAUUUAUAAAGAGUAUGUCACCGUCGCAAAGAACAUGCCCAAUGUUAUGUUCAUCGGGGAUGGCCCCUUAAAGACCAAGAUCACCGGCAACAAGAACUUCAUUGAUGGAACCAAGACCAUGAACACUGCAACAGUUUCCAUAUUGGGACCCAAUUUCAUGGCGAAGGACAUUGGAUUUGAGAACAGUGCAGGAGCUGAAAAGCACCAAGCUGUGGCUUUGCGUGUGCAAGCUGACCAUUCAAUCUUCUUCAACUGCCAAAUGGAUGGGUACCAAGACACUCUCUACGUUCACGCUCAUCGCCAAUUCUACAGAGACUGCACCAUCACUGGGACCAUUGACUACAUCUUUGGUGAUGCAGCCGCCAUUUUUCAGAACUGCAAGAUGAUAUUCAGGAAACCAUUGGAGAAUCAAAAUGUCGUCGUGACAGCUCAAGGAAGAAGCGAUGAGAACUCGGUCUCAGGACUGGUUCUCCAUAAUUGCACCAUCACUGGUGACCCUGAUUACAUGACGGUUAAAAACAAAAACAAGGGAUACCUCGGCAGGCCCUGGAAGAUGUUCUCAAGAACAGUUUAUUUGCAGUCUGAUAUUGGAGAUGUGAUUCAACCAGACGGAUGGUUUCCCUGGGAUGGUAAUAUUAAUCUUGACACUUGUUGGUAUGCAGAAUAUGGCAACAGGGGUCUUGGUUCUGACACGUCAAAGAGAGUUACAUGGCCUGGUAUACGGAAACUCACUCCUGAGCAAGCUGCUGAUUUCACUGUGGAAAAGUUCUACGGGGACGAUUGGAUUAAGCCUAGUGGUGUGCCCUACAUCCCUGGCAUGUUCUGA